UUCCACAAAUGGCAACCGGCUGCAAAGCGUCAUUGCCGAGCUCACAGACAGCCUACCUACUCAGACUGUACUCAGCUGUAACAGCUCAUCUGAUAGUCUGAUCAAAGCUCAAUUCAUGAACGUGUUACGAGCUGCCACGCGCGGCUUGCUACGUCAGAGCGUGGUCCAUCCCUUCCGUGUCAGACCCAUCCCUUCAACGUCGCGGCUUGCACAUACGCCUGCACCUGGCACCGGCAGGAACAAGAAGAAGGGUUCAAACCUCCAAGCGCGUAAUGAACAAAUCCCGUAUCGCGUCGUCAGAGUAGUGGACUCGGAGACGAGCCGCCUGGGCGACGAAUGGGUCGCCCUCUCGGACAUCCUCGCAACAAUCAAGCGGAAGGAGUACUACGUCGAGCUCGUCGCCGAGUACCCCGAACCGGUCGUGAAGGUCAUCAAGUCGAGCGUGGUCUACAACAAGAUGCGUGCACGGGCGGAGCGGCAGAAGGUGAAGCGGGAGGAGAAGGAGGUGCAGAUGUCCUGGGCCAUCUCGUCUGCGGAUCUCACGCGCAAGCUGGAGAAGGUCAGGAAGGAGCUGGAGGCAGGGAACCGGGUAGACCUGGUGUACACGCCGAAGUCCGGGCAGCCCAAGCCUACCCCAGCGCAGGUGAAGAACCAAGCAGCAGAGAUGGUGAAGGCGCUAGAGGAUGUAGGUGAAGAAUGGCAGCCACGGACGUCGACGAAGACGACACUCGUCAUGCACUUCCAAGGGCACAACGAACCUUCGGCGUCGAAAGAUGCUGGUUCGAGUCACAAAGCACGGUGGGAGGAGAAGAAAAAGAAAAAGAUUGAGCGGCGGGAGAAAGAGUUGCUCAGGCAGAAUAGGUACCCAAAACAACCGCAGUUACCGACAUCCUCAGCAUCAUGACAUUCCUCUUGCCCAUCACAUUUGCCCUAC